AUGAAGAAACAAAGAAGAACCUACUACUCACAACUUAAUCUGUCCGAGAACCCAAAGAAGCAGCAAACAAAACCUAAGGUCGCUGAAUGCUCCAUUUCAGUAACUGAACAGGAAAAAACCCACAUGAAAUUAAAACUUCAAAAUGCUUCUCUGGAUCAUCAAGAGGAAGAUAUGACCUACCACAACAAAGAUUUACAAUCACCUCCAAAAAAGAUUACUGCUGAGAUCUUGGCAAUAAUCUGUAUUGUUCUGAUGACUUCUGUGUUAAAAACAAUAGUUCUUAUUUCCGCACAUAAUUGUGGUUGUCCAGAAGAAUGGUUUACAUAUUCCAACAGCUGUUAUUACAUUGGAAAGGAAACAAAAACUUGGGAGGAGAGUAUGAUGGCCUGUGCUUCUAUGAACUCCAGCCUGCUUUACAUAGAUGAUGAAGAAGAAAUG